GGCAACGCCUGCUAAUUUUCGUUAAGCAGUACAGGAUUUCUCUACCACGAGGGUCGAAGAACUUUCUAUCAGUUUGAAAUUAAUUUAUCCAUACUCUAGAAUGGAAGGUGAUAUCCAGGAUGCACUAGAAGACCUCGGGUGAGUUUCAAACGAUACCUACAAUAAUUUAUCUUUCAAUUUUCAUAAUUGUAUUUAUAAAUAAGCGAAGAGUAACAAACUGAAUUUUUUAAAAUUUGUGUUGUGAAGAUUUACUGGUGAACUUUUGGAAGAAGGUGCUCUAACUAUUGCCACCCAAGGGGAGUGUCUCACAGCUGACUUCAUGGCCUUAUGUGUCCGGCUAACUGAACAACUGAACUGUCUGUGUACAAUACAGGAACAUGUUUCAGGUACUAUUAAUAACAACAAAGCAGAGCUGAUGCCAUCUAAUUUCCAGUUUAUAUUUCAAUAUAAUUGACGUUCAGAAAAUGAACGACACUUUUUAAAUUUGAAAACAUGUUUCAACAGCUCUUCUGUCAUCUUCAGUUCUGAAUAAUACAUAGUGCAAAGUUGAAUUUAUAGUGUGUAACAAAAUGCUGAUUGGACUAAACAAACAAUAAUAACAGAACAAUGUAUGCAUUUACAAGGAAGGUGUUUAAUUAACAUGAUAGAUGGUGAUUAAGUGCAGGUUUCUCCUAUUGAAUGUGGGUAGCUUCUUUGAUGAAGAUGACAGAAGAACUGUCGAAACAGGUUUUCAAAUUUAAAAAGUGUCAUUCAUUUUCUUAAAUUCAUUACAUAUCUAUCCAGACCUUUUGGCAAUUGACAUUCAGUAUUGAACCAGUUACUUUUCUUUGGUUUGAAACAGAGAAAGAGGAUGAAGAAACAUUUCGCAUGGAAAUGAGUGGACUGUUAAAUGAGCUAGGUAUUGUGAUUGAUUAUAGAGUAUGUUAUCCACAUCUUGCACACUUCCCUAACUUUCAUUAUGUCCUCUUAUUUAUUACAGGUUGUCCCCAUUCCCAGCUCUUAGGAGUCAAUGGGCUUGCCUCUCAAGCAAACAGGCUGCUUCUUUUGGGUAACUUCAGCUAAAAAAAGUUAUUGAGUGAGAGUGGAAUAUUCCUAUAAUGACUUUAAACUCUGACUCUCUUUCAGACUAUCUGACCUCAGAACUUCAAGCACUGAAAAUGAUUGGAGGUGAAGAAGAAGAAAAAAUGGAGAUUGAUAAUCAAGUAACUCUCAUUUAUAAUGAUUAUAGUAUUUUAAAAAAUGUGUAUAAUUGACAUCUGUGUUUUUUCAUUCUUUAGGCCAAAACAAAAUGUUUACUGCUGUAAUAAAACAGCUUGAUUUUAAUCAUUUCUAUUGACAGGCAGCAAGUCCAGCCUUGGAUCAGCUAAAGGCCAUCUUACACACUCUAGAUUUGCCACAGCCAUCUAAAGAAUCAACUGUGUUUGAUUUGUUUACUCAGAUCGAGACCAAGGUUAGUGAUACAAAACUGCCAACUAUUCACAAUAAACUCAUCAGUAUCAAUGACCCUCAUAUUUUUUAUUAUUACUGUAACAGUUAUUAUUUUUAUUAUUAUAAUCAUGUGAUAUCAUUACCAUGCCAAAACUUUUAUUAUUUUAUAUUCAUUUGGCAAAUUUUAUGUCCUUUUUUUUGCUUUAUAUACACCACAUACAGUUGUAUUGAGUUAACAACAAGGUUUAGUAUAAUUUAUAUAAUUAUUUUAUUUGUUUACUUUUAACAAAUUAUUUCUCUGUGCAUGCAGGUGCGUGAACUAUUAAGUAAAGCUCCUAAAGAUCAUCUUGGGCAGCCUUUAUUAAAUGAGACUCUGGGAGUCAAGCAGUGGGUAUGUAAUAAAUGUUUCCAUUCAUUUCUUUCUACAACAUACUCAUAUGAUUUCUUGUCAGGAUAUCUCACAGUCUAAUGUUAAACUUGUGACUUACUUCUUCCUUCAGAGCAAAGUAGAAGAAAUCAACUCACAGCUAAAUCAGGAGUACAUGCUGCGCCGUUCAAUGUUGUUGAAGAGAUUAGAUGUCACAGUCCAAUCCUUUGGUUGGUCUGACAGGGCAAAGGUUUGCACUUCCCUUUAUAUGAAUUUUCUCGUUACAAUGAACUUGGUCAAAUUUGUAUGAAUCUGUCAGUCAUCUUCAGUUAUGUUGAAUGAAUAAAAGUAUGCACAUCACAUUGUUAGUGUGAGAGUAAAAGUUACUCUAACUUGUACAUUUCCAGGCUAAAAAACAUGAAAUGUCUGCAGUUUUUCAUCCAUUAAGAAAAUCUCUAUCAGCUACAGCCCCAGUAACCAUUCCAGAUAUAAUUGCUGCAAGAUCAGGCAAGCAAAGUUACUCUUCUCUGAUUUUAUAAGAUAUUACUUAACAUCAAUUGUAUAAUUAUCAUAAUAUUAAGAUACUCAUUCUCUUAUUAUUAGAAAUGUUCAGUGAAAUGGCAAUAAAACAAAUUUCAUAGUAUCAGUGAUCUGGUAUGUGUUAGUUUGAAAUGCUGGAAUUCCUUUUAUUUUCAGUCUCUGUACCUGAAGGAUUAAUUGCCAGAUUUCACAUGACCAUACAAACCUUUUUAUUCUAUGCUUUAUUUUUUUUAUUGCAGAUUUGCUUAGGUUGACAAAAACAAGCAGUGGUGACAUAAGAGACAAAACACAAUGUAAAAUAAACAAGAUCAUGAUAGGCAAAGUAUGUUACUAACUAAUAUGAAAAUCAAAAUCAAAUAUAGCUCAGAGAAGUGAGGGUAUCUCUGUCAAUAUUUCAAACUUUCCACCCUCUCAGGUCCCUGAUCGUGGUGGGAGGCCAUCACAUGCUGGGUCACCAGUGGAGAUGCCAUCUUUCAAGAAGAGAACAGAGCCAGCUCCAAAGGACCAAAGACAUUCAAGUAAAAUAUUUCUAUCCUUAAAUUAUUAUUCUCUUUGAUUAAACCUGGCUAGUUUAAGAGAUAUCUCCCCCCUUCCUUACCUUUGAAGAGUUUCUUGAGUGCAGUUUAAUUAGUGGAACCAUGAAAUACAAUAAGCCUUUUAGCCUUAGAACAUAAUUAUGUUACUAUUUAUGUAUGGAAGCUUGUUGCCCAAGGAAAUUUUAUCACUUUAAUAACACUAAGUGUGAAGUAAUUGCUGUUUUGUUGACUGUAGAUGGCCAUGGAGGUGGACGAGGAGGAAGAGGAGGCAAAGUUCAAGGGGGUGAGUUACUGAACCUCAACUGAUUUUACUUAAUCAAGCUGUCAAUCUUAGCAUCUCAAAAGUGUUCAUUAGACAAUUUUUUUUUUUACAAUUUUAAUUCAAAGUCAAGAAGUCAAGUAAUUAUCUUGGUACUGACAUGAAAUUAAUUAAAAGAAGAACAUGGUCAUCAGUGGAAAGAAUUAGCCAAAGCAGCUUACUUGCAGAUCCAAAUAACUUGAAAAAUGGACAUGUGGUCAAUAUGAAACAAAUGCUGCUUUCUGUUUUACUUUUGUUCCAGUUAUGAUUAAGCCUUGGUGGUGAUUGCUCAAAAUUCAGUGGUUAGAAUCCAUGGAUGUAGAUACACUUCAUUUAGUUUCCUUUAAAACAAAUCGGUUCAGAGAUACUUUCAAACAAGCUAUUUUAAUUGACAUCUAUUAUUAUUUUUUUUUCUUAGUUCUACAUCUGCAUUUGCCCUAUUAUCUAUCGAUAAUUUGGUGAUUGCUCUACAUAUCUUUAUUAUUAACCACACACUGGUAUCUCCCAUAACACAUAACUGUAUAAUUAUUUUCACAUUUUUCAGGCUGGUCAUGUACAGGUGCACAAGGAGGUCUGGGGGGUCGCUGGACAGGAGGCAGGGGAGGGAAAGGUGGUAACAGAGGAAAUUCUUUUGGAGGUGAUGACAAUCAGAGAAGGGUUUAUAACAGCUGAUACUUUGCCAUUCUACCACUGCUGCCUUAUAGAAACACUCAGACACUGACAAGUUAAUAUAAAUACAAUGCUAUUCAGUGAUGUUUAUAAAAAAAUAUAUUGCACAAACUGAGUAGAAUGUAAUAAAAACUUACAACAAAAUCAUUAGAGCAUGAUUAUGUCUAACAUUACAGUAACAACUGUAAGCUUUCUUUCUAGGAAUUGUUACUGACUGUCCUGUUAAUUUUUUUUGGGAACUAUGACUUAAAGAACCUUACUGUUUGUGCAUGAUAGUCAGACUCUGUACACGAGGAUAAAGGCAAAGGCCUUAUUUAUUUUAGGAUUACAUUGCAAUUAAUAAGGUUCUGAUUACAAUGUUAUGACCCUUUGAAAAAUACAUUUGUUAAAGACAUGUUGAGUGUAAUAUGUCAAAUGCCC